AUGGUUCGCAUCGAGGCAUACGUUCCCUCAAAUUCUCCAAGGCUCAUUGGGAAAACUACUUCCCAGUGGAUCGUGAAGGGUGAGGGUUAUAGCAUCUCAGAGUUCAAGGCCGGGUGGAAAGGUCCAUGGGGCUCGCGGUCAGAAAAAACUUCUGAUGUGAGUGAAAGUAGCCACUGGCGUACUUCAACUACCUGA